AUGUUUUUCAAGUCCAAAGAACGUAGGACAGCCGUUGACCAUGGUCCAGAGACUCAUCAUACCUUCGAGGAUAGCAAGCCCGAAGAGAGCCAUGUGGAGAGCAUCCGUCAUUCCCAGGUCCACGACGAAAUAGACCUUAUUUUAAGCAAACGUCUCGAUCGCAAGUUUGACGUUCACAUCAUUCCUUGGCUUUUCGGCAUUUGGCUUUUCGCGUUUAUCGAUAGAAGUAACAUUGGGAAUGCCAAGAUCGAUGGCCUAUUGGAGGACCUCGAUAUGGUCACUGGCACGAAGUUCAAUGUUGCAUUGCUGGUCUUCUACAUCCCGUACAUUCUCGUCGAUGUUCCGAGCAACUGGAUUGUGAAGAAAGUCCGAGCCGGCGUCUAUCUGCCAACUCUCAUCACUUGCUGGGGCAUCGUAAGCACGUUUCUUGGCUUCACAAAAUCCUUCGCAGGUCUUGUGAUCUGUCGAUUGCUUCUUGGACUCUUCGAGGGCGGCCUACUUGGAGGUAUCGUUGUGUACCUGGCAAUGUUCUAUCGUCGACAUCAGAUGCUGUAUCGCAUCGGCCUAUUUUACUGCGCAGCACCCUUAUCUGGCGCUUUUGGAGGGCUGCUCGCCACAGGUUUAGCAACGAUACGACAUGGUGGCCAUAACCGGUGGCCUUGGAUCUUCUUUGUGGAGGGUGCAAUUACAACCGUCUUCGGUGUAACCUGCUUCUUCUUUAUGCCAAGCACGCCAGCGGAUGCGAAGUUCCUCACAACGGAUGAACGUACACAGGCCAUAAGAAGAUUAAGAGAAGACUCACAUGGUGCUACUGACGUUGAAGACGUCAAUGAUGAGCACUUCAGCUGGCACUGGGUGAGGAUGGCUAUGCUCGCGCCGCAGACAUAUUUUUGUACUCUGGCAUGGAUAUUCCUUCUUAUUCCCCUUUACAGCUUCUCGCUUUUUCUACCAUCGAUCAUCCAGGGCCUCGGAUAUCGCAGCACCACUCAGAUCCAGCUUCUCACAGUUCCGCCCAACAUCGCCGCUUUUCUUGUCGUGCUCGCCACGUCUGCUCUUUCGGACAAAAUCAAGGCACGAGGUCCUGUCAUGGCUGUUGGAAGCAUGGUAGCUUUGUGUGGCAAGGGCUGGCUGUCCAACAAUUUGGCUCCUCACUAUGUUCGUGCUACCGGAGUUGGGUUGUUGAUUGGCCUAGCAAACACAUCUGCCUUUCCAGCCACGUUCAUUUACCUGCAGAAGGAUGCAUGCUCUAUUGUCGAUGGGAAAACUCGAAACGAGAGCGGGGAGAUCGAGAUGAGCGACUGCACGGGAAUAGGGUUCACCUUCUUGGACAUCGACACCCAGCUUAUCGGUACACCUUAUAAGCUUUAA